GACCGCCGUGUUUGGUUAAGUCACUGUCUGGCAACAGGCGUGGACUUGCGGCAAACGGUGGCCGGCCUGCAAAUUGCGAAACCUGAUCGAACUUUUAACGCUUCUCAUAGGCCUGGCCAUCAUUAUAUUUGAUCUGCGAUGGAGAAUGAUAUCUUGGACUCGUUGGAGGAUUUAGGGUAUGCGAUGUCCACAUACACAGUUAACAGAGGGAAAUGUGAACCAGCGCUUAGAAACUGUUGAACAGAGGCUGCUUUUACUUGAUUUUUUGUUAGCGGAGUUAAUGGCUGCUCGAAUGAUAUCUGCAGCAAAGCCUGAUCAGGGAAUGACUGUAGAAAUGCGUGAAAGUGAUCAUGCUCGGGAACUGAAGAACAUGUUGAUUGUCCUUGGAUUUCCAAAGCCACCUGCAAAUAUUACUCCACAGCAGCUGUUUGCUAAAGUUGAUCAAAAGGUGAAUGAUGUCAAGAGUAAGGCCCAUCCAUCUUUGAUUGGCAAACCUUUGUUUAAUGGUGUGCUGUCAGAUAAGCAGUGGGCUUUGUUAGAUCAAAUGCAACAAGAAUUGCACAAAGAGUACACAAUGAGGAGGGAGAUGAUGAUCAAAAGGUUGGAUGUAACAAUACAGUCUUUCCAGUGGUCUGACAAGGCAAAGCAAAGGGAAAAUGAUUUGGCAAAGGCUUUCAGGACCAAACGGGAUCCUAUGAAAGAGGAACCAGAUGUAUCGCUGGGUGACAUGCUAGCUGCACGAGAAGAUUUAGCUGUCUUAGAGAAGACAAGCAAUGCAUCUGUUAGGAAGCGGACAAAAACUCCACUAAAUAAGGUUGUUAUCGGCCGUGUACCAGAUCGAGGAGGGCGUGCAAAUGAGUUGGAACCUCCACCACCAGAGAUGCCCUCUUGGACACAGCGAUCUGAUGGAGGAGGUAGAGGUGGUGGAGGUGGAGGUGGUGGUGGUGGUGGCUAUGAGCACCAAGGAGGUCGAGGGGGUGGUCAUGAACACCAAGGAGGUCGAGGGGGUGGUCAUGAAUACCAAGGACACGGAGGAGGUCGUGGAGGCUUCUCAUCAGGCCAUGUGCAGGGCGGAUGGAACCAGGGUGGUGGCAGAGGUGGAGGGGGAUAUGAUAAUAGAGGCGGUGGGGGAUAUGACAACCGUGGAGGAGGUGGACAUGAUAAUCGCGGAGGUGGUUAUGAUAACCGCAACUAUAAUCGAGGUGGUGGCGGGUAUGAUAACAGAGGUUAUGACAAUAGAGGUUAUGAUAACAGGAGUGGCCAUGGUGGUGGAGGUUGGGGAGGUGGUAGAGGUAGAGGAGGAAGAGGAGGGGGUCAUAGGUAUUAAAUCAGGAGUAACUUAGAGAACUCAUGGACUGUAUGCACAGUACUCCAGUGUGGAAGUUACCAUUAUUGCUGUUUGACUUUUUCUGAUAUUUUUAUUUGUGUUUUGAAAGAUCGUUACUUGACAUGUGUCAGACCUGAAAACUUUUGUGUGUGUUUUCCUGCAUACUUUCCAAAAUUCCAAGUGGUAUUUAGCGAUUAAGUUGCUUCAAAAUGAGUUGAGCAGUAUGUUUGUAAUACAUCUUGAUACCUCAUUGAAGAGUCCCUUAACUUUAUUUCAACACCAUUUGCUCAGCACUGCAUGCUAUGCAAUUUCAACUUGUCUUAGUUUCUUUAUGUAAUUUGAACUCAAAGCACCUAAUACUGGAAUUUUCAAAGUACAUGUAGUAACAGAUUUCCAUUCUGUGUAGUUAAGUGUCAUAUUUUAUUUUUUCUGCCAAGACAAGUACUUUAAAUGCCAAGUCUAGGGAAAUAAAGGGAGGUCACAACUGUCUUAAUUUUGCAGAUUUUUUAGCUGUUUUAUAAGGGAAUUUUCAUCUACAUGCUCAUAGAGAGGGGUUACUGAUACACUAUUCAACAAUUUUGUUUUUUUACAGCUUUCAGUUAUGCACAUGCAUUUAAGUUGUAAUUCUUUUCACAGCUUUGUAUGCCAAAAUACUUUUUCAUAUCCAGAGGAAUAAUACAAUGCAGCCCUGAAAUUGUUCACUCAUUCUCAUUCAUCACAAAGCUUUCAUUUUAUAACUUGUUGGAAACAUCUUGCGCAUUCUUAACAUAAAGAUUGCUGAGCAGCUAUGUAUUAAAAGUAAGCAAUCCAAAGCUACACUUAGUAUUUAUUAACUUAUUUUAUUUUUCUUAUGUACUUGGUUGUAACAGUGAAACAGAUUGUUUGUGAUCCAAAUUCUUGAUACUAUGGAUGCCUGUCGUAUGUUCUUGGAGGCCUGGCUUUAUCCCGAAAGGAAACUACUAGUUGUACCCUUUAUGAUAGUGCAUACUCAUGUUUAUCCUGGGAAUUAAGCUUUGUGUAUAUCAUACUACAGUAUAGUAUUGUUUAAUAUUUAAACAUUUAAAAAACCAAUACCCUUUGAUAUAAUCAACAUCUUAACCUUUGCAUUGCUGGCUGUUUGGAAGACUAGGUAGACUAAUUAAUAUAUCAUUGUACGUAUUAGGAGACAAAUAGUGAAAGUCUCCUUGGUAAACAGGCUUUAUGCUGUGUUCAUGGCUGAGAUAUUAUUUUGUAAUGCAUUUUUUCCAUCACAAGUUGUACUGAAAGGUUUUACUGAUUGCUAUUGAAAGAAGCUUGGAAUAUAGAUUUCCUUCAACUUUUGUCUGAAGGUCUUUUAUUAUACUGUACUUGUCUUUGCAAGUUUGACGACCACACGUUUCUUUUGGACAGUAAAGUUGUGUAGGUCCUGAGAUGAAAGCAGUAUUUUGAAAUGUAUACAAAAGUAAUUGAGAAUACAUAUGGUAAUUUAUACUACUAUUGUUCCAAAAGUACAUGAAUUUGGAAUGAAAUUGAGCUGGAGAUGUUCUAUAGGUCAUUGCUGAAUUUUGACAUCUAAUAUGUAAAUCAAAAGUCUAUACCGUAAUAAUUGUGUGUAACCACUUAAGGUUCAAAACUAAAUAAUAUCAUUAGGUUGUAUAAUUUGUCAUCUUAGAAUAUAGAAUUUGUGAAUUUUGAUAUUUCAAAAGUGAAUCAGCAUUGACUGUGUUAUUCAUCAGUUUUUAUUUUUUUCCUAGAAACACAGUGUUUUGAACAUUGUGUAGCUUUUCGGAAGAAGACCAAACCUAAUUGAAGUAGUACAUAUUAGGAUUUGUGCAAAUUUCUUAUGUAAAUUUUUUUUUCUUUAAUUUUCUUGAGACACAGUAUAAAUAACACAUAUGCACAUGUAGUUUUUGCAUGGAGCACAGUAGAAAUGUUACUUUGCUUAUACAUAUCAAUCCAUGUGACAAUUUCAUAGAUACUGUUAAAUUCUUCAAGUUAAAGAUUGGAAUUAUUGGGCUGAGCAAAGAAAUAAUAUACUAAAAUGUGAAUUAAGAGAAAUUAUUGGCUAGUUGAUCAGAGUAGUUUUUGUUUUUGAAACUUUCAUAUAAUUCCUCAUGAUCAACUGGAGUUUUUUAAUUUGUUUUCUUUUGCUUUUAGAAUAUUCCAGUACAGUACUAAAUUUUUAUGAUCAAGAUUCUAUAUAGAAGAAUUAUUAAUUUACAACAGAUGUGUUGUGUAAAUUGAAGAGAAACUUUAGAUUCACCUUUUUAUGGAUAGAGAGGUUUUGAACAAAAGGUCUAUAGAAAAAAAAGCCUAUUCUGUGCCAUCACAUGUAGUGUGUCUAGAUUUUUCUGCAUGUGUAUAUAGAUUUUUCUGCAUGUAUCUUUUUUUUUUUUUUUUUAGUCAUUUAUAAGGAUUUUCUAAGCAGAGGUAACCUGAAUAGUUUGUAUAAACCAGUUAUUUAAAGAGGAAUGGUUUUUGUUAGAGUUAAUGCCGAAUUGAAGUAGCAUAAUCAUUGGCCAUGUACAGUUAAGUGAACUGUGAAGAGCAAGAUAGACAAGGGAAGUGAGCAACUAUUGAGGAAACUACUUGUGUAUGAUUUAUUUUAGUAAUUGUAUGUGUAGUGAUAAUAACUACUAUCUUCAUCACUUAAUGAAAGAAAAGCCUGGUAAUAGACAAUAAUGGCUAAUGGUUCUUGAAACAGUUAUUUUACAUCCUAGGUAGCUGAAGUAUACCAAAUACAGUUUAUGGUGUAAAUAA